GACCUAGGUUGGAAUUCAGACCUCGGGCUACUUAUAUAUACUCCAUAUGCUUUUAUUUGUGAGGAGGGGAUGAUACUGCCCAUUUGACAGAGUUGUUGGGAUGAUGAUGCUUGGUACAUGGUAAAUGCUCAAGAAACGUUAGCUGUUACUGUUAUUACCAGCUAUGGAUGCCCUUUUGUACUCCCCUGACACUUUUUUUUCUUUUUAAAGAUUUAUUUAUUUAUUUAUUUGAUUGGGGGGCGGGGCAGAGAGAGAGAAGGAGAGAGUCUUAAGCAGACUCUGUGCUGAGCAUGGAGCCCCACAGGGGGCUCGAUCUCAUGAUUCAGAGAUCAUAGCUUGAGCAGAAAUCAGGAGCUGGCUGCUUAACCGACUGUACCACCCAGGCGUCCCUCCCCCUACUUUCUUAUAGUCCCCCGGAGGGGCCUCCUGGACACCCUCUACCGUUCACCCCUAUUGAGACCCACUAGAUUCAGUGAUUUUAUGGAAAGGUAUUCAGGAAUUUCAUUGAUUCUGCCUUUGUUUGGAGUUUGCUGGUUGGAUGCCUUUAGGCUCUGGGAGACUUGGCUGCACCGGGUCUCCCAAGGCUGUGUAGCUUCCAUAUUGACACCUGUCUGGGGCCAGAGCUGCUCUAUCAAUUCUUUAUUAAGACCAGUUAUUUUUUAUUUAUGAUGCUUGUGUGUUCAUUAAAAAUGGCACUCCCUGUUGGGGAUACCAUCAAGGCUUUUAGCCAGUUUUUAUCAGGUUGUUAGAGUAGAUAUGAAUAUUUUAAUAGAGAGAAAGAGCAAAGCCUUCAACAGACUUAAUUUGUUCUGGAAUCUAAGUGACAGGCUUAACAGGGGUGCCAAGUAAUUCAGUAUAAUCAGCCCAGAUAGUGGAGUAAGGAACACAAUUCAAUGGACCAGGGAGCUUUUCCAGAGAGGCCACAAGGGGAUUUUCUGCCCCUGAGCAGCUGUAAAUCACUGUAUCCUGCAUCCUUUGAGUCCAGGUAAGAUCUUGCAUAGCCACGGGCAGCUUCUAUCCCCCGUUAAGUUCCUAGGAAGCCAGGGGGAGCGUUUUUGCAGAUGCCAUUUUAACAUUUAUAGAAUUCUUUCCCCAGGAUGCUGAUCUUAUUUAAUUAUGUUCAAAAUGAUGGAUAAGUCAGGUCACUGCUGCCCAUUAGAAUCAUAUUUGGGCCUCAGUCCUGAUUGCAAUCCUAGAUGCCAUGGCUGGUUUCUUGGUGUAGUUUAAAAAUUAUCCACUUGGGGGAGCUUUAUGAUUGAAUUUUAAAAUCCGUAUCAGAUUUUUUUUUUUUUUUUAAUGUGCGACCGAGAUCCAGAUGAAUUCCACCCCUCCCCACACCAGUGACAAGCUACUGAAGCAAGCAAUGGUUGCAGAAAUACAAUGAUAAAUCAACGUCUGCUCCAAGACAGCAAUCACCAGCUAUGACCUGUUGGGCUUCGAGGUUGCUUCCUAGGAAUGUCCGUUCCUUGGGCACAUCACCAAAGAGCCAGAGAGUUGAGGAUUGUCAUCGGCACCAUGAGGCCUAUGGGUACUUCUUACCCAUCCAGACGAGAUGGCAGGACAAUGACCAGUAUGGCCACGUGAACAAUGCCGUGUACUACAGCUACUUCGACACUAUUAUCAACCACUACCUGAUCAGAUACUGCGGCCUGAGAACCGGCUUGCUGACGUCCCCCAUGGUGGGGUUCAUGGUGACAAAUCAGUGUACCUUCCAUACACCCAUCAGCUUUCCUCAGGUCCCAGUGGCUGCUGUGGCCGUGGAGAAAGUGGGUCACUCCAGCGUACAUUACCGCCUGGCUCUGUUCCCACCUAAUGCCACCAAGGAGCUGCCUUCUGUAAAUCACUGGGAUCUCAGUGAUGGCUUUUUCUUUGGCCACCCCAAGCUGGCCCAUUUUGACUCUUCAGCCUGUACCACCGGGUCUUCAGUCCAUGUCUUUGUGAAUCCAGCCACCGGCAAGCCAACGGGCCUUCCAGAAGACUUCAGGAAGGGCCUUCGGAGGCUAAUGAGCCCAGCUUCCGUGUGAGUCAUCUGUAUGUGGCCUUUCACCUGUCAGAAAAUAAAAUUCAGAUGAUUUUCUAAAUGA